GGUGGCCGCAGUGUUUCCGCUGCUCAAACAGAGCUACAUAUCAAUAAGAAUUGAUAAUUGAUUUGGAUCGAAGCUAAGAGAAGAAGGAGCUCGGGGAGCAGCUGCUGGGCUGUAUGGCGGCGGCAGUUUCUGCGGGAGGGCCGGCUCUCAUCAUGGAGAAUGGACAGAGCACCACCACCAAGCUGGGCCUGCCGCCGCUCACCCCCAACCAGCAGGAGGCGCUUCAGAAGGCGAAGAAGUACGCCAUGGAGCAGAGCAUUAAAAGUGUUCUGGUCAAACAGACUCUGGCUCAGCAGCAGCAGCUCACCAGCCUCCAGAUGGCGUCUCUGACCAUGGGUUUAGGAGAUGCUCUGUCUCCUCUGCAGUCAGUAGCGGCUCAGCGUCAGAGAGCUCUGGCCAUCAUGUGUCGAGUUUACGUCGGCUCCAUCUACUACGAGCUGGGGGAGGACACCAUCAGACAGGCCUUCGCUCCUUUUGGACCAAUCAAAAGCAUCGACAUGUCCUGGGACUCUGUCACCAUGAAACACAAGGGUUUUGCCUUCGUAGAGUACGAGAUGCCAGAGGCGGCUCAGCUCGCUCUGGAACAGAUGAACUCUGUCGUCUUAGGAGGCAGAAACAUCAAGGUCGGGCGGCCCAGUAACAUCGGUCAGGCUCAGCCAAUCAUCGACCAGCUGGCAGAGGAAGCUCGUGCCUUUAACAGGAUCUAUGUAGCGUCGGUCCACCCCGACCUCUCUGAUGACGACAUCAAGAGCGUCUUUGAGGCCUUCGGAAAGAUCAAGUCCUGCAUGUUGGCCCGAGAGCCGACCACCGGCCGACACAAAGGCUACGGCUUCAUCGAGUACGAGAAGGCUCAGUCUGCUCAGGACGCCGUGGCCUCCAUGAACCUGUUUGACCUGGGGGGUCAGUACCUGCGGGUGGGAAAGGCCGUGACUCCGCCCAUGCCCCUCCUCACGCCAACAACCCCGGGAGGACUCCCCGCCGCCGCCGCUGUGGCUGCUGCUGCCGCCACCGCCAAAAUCACUGCUCAGGAGGCAGUGGGAGCGUCGGUGCUUGGAGCUCUGGCCGGACCGGCGCUCCUCUCUCAGCAGCUGGGAGGACUUCCUCAGGCUGUCAUGGCCGCCCAGGCUCCAGGUGUCAUUACAGGGGUGACCCCAGCUCGACCCGGCCUGCCUCAGGUGGGUCUGGUGAACCCGGUGCUGACCACACUCCCAACACCUGUGGCCUCUUUUGGCACUGAAGUGAAGAGGAAAGAGGAGGAGGAGGAGCGUCAGCAGGAGGCGCAGCAGGACGGGGCCAUGGAGCCACUCAGCGAGCAGGAGCACAUGAGCAUCAGCGGCAGCAGCGCCAGGCACAUGGUGAUGAGGAAGCUGCUCCGCAAGCAGGAGUCCACUGUGAUGGUCCUGAGGAAUAUGGUCGGUCCUGACGACAUCGACGACGACCUGGAGGGCGAGGUCACCGAGGAGUGCGGGAAGUUUGGCCAGGUGAAGCGUGUCAUCAUCUACCAGGAGCGGCAGGGCGAGGAGGACGACGCCGACGUCAUCGUUAAAAUCUUUGUAGAGUUUUCGGAGGCGGCCGAGAUGAAUCGAGCCAUCCAGGCGCUCAACCACCGCUGGUUCGGAGGACGGAAGGUGGUGGCAGAGGUGUACGACCAGGAACGCUUCGAGAGCAGCGACCUGUCAGCGUAGAACGCAGAUACCCAGAUAUCCAGUGUAGUGUAGAGGCCUCUUUUUAACCUGUCAGAGUUUUUUAUUGAUGUUUGUCUCCAGAGAAACUUUUCUUCUUCUUCAGUUUGUUUGUCCUGGAUUUAAAGGACCAUGUCGCUGUUUUUCAGGUUUCAGCUACAAAUCACAAAUAUUUUCCACUCGUGUUGAUCAUUUUCCAGAUCAACAAAUUCCACAUUGAUCUGGAUCCUUCCCGGCAGCCGCCCGUUCAUCUCCCACUCACCUCAGAGCUGAAUGGAUGGUUCCAUCAGUGAAAUGGACAUUUUUCAGUUUAUUUCACUUGAUUUACUGUUUUUCUUGUUGAAUUGAAAAUGGUUGGAUUUUGGAUGUGACAGAGCAGCAGGACAGAGACACAUCGGGUCUCAGUCCACUCUCAGUCCAGACCAGCAGCACAGACCAGGACGGCUCCUCAGCACGUCAGGUUUUGUGUUUUUAACUUUGUGUUGAUUUAACUGUUUAUGGAGCAGCAACACAUCAGGUGACAUCAUGGGGACUGAAGCUGGGUCCGGGUUAAGCACCUGAUCCUCAGGUCUGGUGUUGGACAGGGUCUCUGGGUCCGUCUCUGAGAGCAGCUGAGACUGAUUGAAGGCUCGUUGGUGCGUUCAGGGACACUCUGGGUUUUAUUAAAUGAUAAAAGUGAGUUGGAAAGAUUUGAGCUGAAACUUGAAUCCAGCUGUGGUCCAGGUGUUACUUUAUCUGUUCAGUUCCAGAUGCUCAGGUUUAUUUUUUUGCAGCCCGACAGAAGAAACAUCUGGAUGUUUGUCCUCUGACUGAUGUUCCUGAACGCAACACACCAUCACAAACCAAACUCAGACCGACUUCAGUGUGUCCCCGUGGCUUCGUGUUUUCCUGUUGAAGUCGGGUUGUGGGGACGUUGUCGGGACGUUGUCUGAGCGCUGUGUGAGCGUUGGCGCGUGGAGCCUUCAGCUGAUUCAUCAUUCGUGGAUGAUGCUUCAGACGGUGCGUUCAGGUGUUCUUCUGUUUUUUGAAGGUCAAACACCAAAAUAUGUGAAUAAAACUUUUGGUUUUGUUUGUUUGUUUUUUAUAA